CCAGUUGCAUGUCGGGAGUCGUAGUCUUGCGCCUCCUCAACCGCCUCCUCCAAUCUGAGGCCUAAUGGGGAGUGUAGUCCGGGCUGAAUGCUCUCCCCAGCAGGCAUGAACGGGGCAGGGGAGCCGGAGCCCGGCGGAGGGGGAUACAAGCGGCGCUACCGGGCCCUGAAGCGGAGGCUCAAGUUCCUGAUCUACGAACAAGAAUGUUUUCAAGAAGAACUGAGGAAAGCUCAGCGAAAACUCUUGAAAGUUUCACGAGAUAAAAGUUUUCUACUUGAUCGCCUUCUCCAGUAUGAAAAUGUGGAUGAAGACUCAUCAGACUCGGAAGCAACAGCCUCCUCCGACAAUAGUGAUGGGGACAUACCUAAGGGUGCCGAGCCACAGUCUUUAAAAAGGAAGCGAAGUCCUCAGCUGGGUACUGCCUCUUCGCCAUCUUCAGGGCUUUCCCUCCAGCCGACCUCAGGCUUUGGACUUCCAGCCUCAGGGACGCCUUCUCCCUACUUGACCUCACUGGCCUCACCCCCUUAUGCUCCCUUUCCCUCCGACUACUUGGCUCUAGGGCCUGAGCCUGGCCCUCCCCAACCUGAUGCCAACGCCACCCGUUCCGCCCGGCGGCCCCCACGGCCCCGCAAGCUCAAGCUCCCAAUGCCUCCCGCCUCCCACUCGGACUGUUCGCCAGUUGUUGUGGGCUUACCCUUCCCUUCACCCCGAGGUACCCCCAAACUCCCACCGCCCACCAUCCUCAGCACGGUGCCCCAUCAGAUGUUCAGCGACACAGGGGAGGGGAGUGGCGAAGACCCCCUCGAUGGCGAUGAUGAAUUGGUAAUCGACAUUCCCGAGUGAUGGUGCAAAGCAGAGCACCUUGCUCAAAGGACCCAGGCUUCCCCGUAGUGUGUGAAGGGGAUUGUGCCCCACCAUUUUAUUUUGUUUUGUUUACAGACUCCAAAAAUCAUGCAAGUCAAUAAAUGGGAUCUCUUUGUUUUGUA